CAUGACCUUAUUGUAUCCGGACAGCACUGAUUGUCCCUGUGCUGAUUACAUACACCCUCCCAAGAAAAAAAAAAAACUCUCUAGCAAUACAUACCAAACUGAACAUGUGCAGCUUGUCUCUAAUGUUCUGUUCGAUCAGCAGAUGGAUUGGGGACUGUGGAAGAAGAGGAGGAUCAGAGAAGACAGGAUCAAACUUUUUUACACAAUGCAGAGGAUUAACCCCUUAGGUUUCACAGCGAGUAUAACAAGCAUGCUUUGCUGCAUAUACAGACUGAUUUUACUGUUGUGGGUUUAGUAACACUU